AUGGCCACUACAGGAAGAAGACUAAUUAUAGAUGGAAAAGACCAUAUAGUAGGAAGACUAGCUGCUUUUGUAGCCAAGUCACUUAGAGAAGGAUAUGAAGUGAUAGUUUUAAGGGCAGAAGGUCUAAUCUUCUCUUCACCAAUUGACCGAAUGAUAAAGAUAUACAAGGAUAAGCAAAGGAAGAGGUGCUUAGUUAAUCCUAAGAAAGGACCUUUCCACUUUAAAGAACCCUCUAAAUGCUUCCGUAGAGUUACUAGGGGUAUGCUUAACUAUAAACGUACAAUGGGUUUAGAAGCCUUUCAACGCUUGAAGGUUUAUGAUGGGAUUCCUUUAGCCUUUGAGAACGUUGAGAAGGUUGUUUGCAGUCAUGCUUUAGCUGAGACUCAACUUAAUCCAGUGACUAAACGGUGCACAUUAGGAGAGAUAUGUACGCGGAUGGGAUGGAAUAAUGGAGAGAUUCUGCAGAAGUUUGAGGAGCAGAGACUAGCACGGGCUAAAGUAGUUGCUAAGGAGGAGUCUCAGAAGCAGAAGAAGAAGCAAGAGGUUCUUAAUAGUGAGUCUUUCCAGCAGGAGCUCAAUGACGUAAUUGCCAAGAUUGAAUAA